CAACAAGUAGCAGGAGCAACAGUUGACAGUUCCCCGAUUCUGGUUCAGUAAUUCGAACGGUUUCCAGACAUAUUUUAAAGGACAUCUACGACAUCGACAACGACCCGCGCAUUAAUCCCGAAUACAUCCGGAGAGGCUCUGUCAACAGAAACACCACCAUGAAGCCCGAUAUUCUGGCACUCUGCAUCCUGGCAACCACGAUCCUGGGCAGUGGUACUCGUCACGUCGCCGGCUUCCUGACAUCCCAGACCACCGCAAACGGAGGAGCAGCUAAAAUGGGUGACCAGCAGGGCGUGGCAUCCGGUCCACAGCGACUGCAUCUGCCCAUCUUCGGGGGCGGAACCGUGCGCCAAGGACCCCCUUCGUCGGAUGUCCAGGAGGCACAGGAGCGAGCUGUUUACGAUCCCGGCGAUGAAUUACUACGCGGCCAGGAGCUCGGAUUGGCUGUGGUUCCCCCGAAUCCGGACUACGCCGAUGCCGUGUACAAUGAACUCGAGCUGGCCAGCAAGUUCGAGGUGCUCAAGAAAAUGGAGGAGGAUUUGCGGGCCGAGCAGGAACUGGUGGACAAAUCCGCUUUACUCAUGAAAAUGCUAGAGGAUCCCUCGCUGGAAACAUUACCACUGGUCUACGUUGAGGAGGAAGAGCCGGAGGCGGUGAUUCCUUCCGCCGGAGCCGAUGACUACGUCGACUUGCAGAACGCUGUUCAGGAUUUGGUUUUGGGCCAGAGCAAACCGAAGCGGUCGCGCUAUUAUCGCAGGUAUCCGUGGAAGCGCCACAACAAGAAUCGCGGUUCUUACAUGAAUUCUAUCAACAGCAACUAUGAACCGGAAUUGCGAUAUGCCUGCACACCUAGUAAGGAGGAUAUAUUUAAGCUGCUGGUCAAUCUGCACGAGAAUCGCAAGGGCAAUCACAGCAAGACGGUUAAUUUCUGCAAUCGCAAGCGUCCGGCCAAGGCGGUCUUCACCAACAUACGAUUCCUGGGUUAAGGCAAUGGAUAUAUAUUUAGAGUAUAUAGACAGACAGUGAGCACUUAACCCCCUAAUCACAUCGACAGGACACACACACAGGACACAGACACAUAUGUAUACCAAAGCAUCAAUUGUACAUUGCUGACAAAGUCGAGCGCCAAACUGGAGAACAACAAGCACUAACAAUUAGCCUAACUAAACUAAACUAAACCAAACUAAAAACUAAUCUAAAAAUACUUUGUUAUCUGGUAGGGAUGUAAGGCAAUUAAAACGUGUGUAAACCCGUGUGCCCCAACCCUAAUUCUAAUUGUAGACAAUUAAAAAACUUUUAUAACUCUCAAUGUGUUGUAUAUACUAACUAAGUAAACGAAGUUCUAGUAGCUCUCACUUUGUUAAUAUUUUUUUGCGGUUGUUGCGUGUGCUAAUCCAAACAAUUGCAAAACGUUGCCAUAUCACUUAAAAGUCUCGUAACGUCUCUCGGUCCAUGAAACUACAUAGUAUUAUAAAAUAAUGAGUGGAACCACAAAACUUAAUGCUAUAUCAAUGUGUAUAUAAACGAGAAUAUUUUAAUAUUCUUAGAAAUUCAAUAU